CAAUAGGUCCGUUCUUCCCGGGAGAAGAACAAGUGUUCAAGGGAUGUGGAGUGGCCGAGUGGAUGCAAUGUUGAGGGACUUUUACCUGCUGAAGCUCUAGCGUUUGAAUUCGUAUGCCUUUGAAGAUCACAAUCCUAGGGAACGUCAUCUGCAGCUGUCAAAAGAGGAAUCUAUGCUGUAUGAUCAACUUCGGCAGGUGGUGGCCAAGUGAAGUCCUGUCUGGGAACACUUGCAGGAAAGGACUCGGCAAAGGAGAUGGUGGCUCUUCUAAAAAGGUUAUUUCAACCGGUUCUUCAUGUGGCUUCCCCUCUCUAAUACUAUUCACACUUACUAAUACUUUGAGAUGGUUAGAAAUUGAUCUUGAUGCUAUAGGGGUAUCUGUAGGAAAUCUCAAGUCCUUUUCUUGCCAUACAGGUUUUUGUGCUACAAUAUGCUGCAUAUACAUUGCAACCUGGAAAUAUUCGUAUUCUUGUUUUGCUGCUGCGCGGGAUGGUCGAGGGAUUUCUAAUUACACUCAGUUCAAUUCUUCUUGCAAUGGCGCUUCUUGCAAUGUCUCUCUUGAUGACAAGAGAGGGGUGCCUUCAGGAUCUAAUCCUCUGCAUAACAGGUAG